AUGAGUAUAACCUGGAUUGUUAACGUCGCCGCCACAGCCGGCGUUCUCCUGUCAGCUCCCUUGGUUUAUCGCUUCGCUCAGUUCUGCUGGCUUUAUUUCGUCCGCCCAUCGUCGAUACAUCGAUAUCUUCACGGUCCCUCUCCAUAUGCUCUUGUCACUGGGGCCUCAGAUGGUAUUGGUAAAGCUAUUGCCCAAGAGUUAUACAGUCAGGGGUUCAACCUACUUUUGCACGGUCGCAGUGAGCAAAAGCUGCACAAAGUAGUAGACGAAAUAAUUUCCCAGUGCCCUCAAGGUCGACAAGAUGUCCGCUUUUUUCUGGCAGAUGUCGCGGUCGAAGAGCACAAAUUUGCGGAGUUGUUAGAGCCGCAUAAGCACCUGAACAUCACCGUCGUCAUUCAUAACGUUGGUGGCUCGAUCUUUAGGCCGGAAAGGAUCGACGGAUUCGGCGAGGACGAAUUGAUCAACGUCAUUUACCGAAACGCCGUAUUCCCGCUUCUUCUUACCCGCGCACUUCUAAAUCAGCUUCGAGGGUCAGCUAAACAUGGCCCCAUUAUGGUUCAGUUCAUCGGUUCGCGCGCAGCCGAUAUGUCCGCACCAUUUUUUGCUCUCUAUUCUGCGGCAAAGAGGUCCCUGCAGGCAUUGGCAAUGGGAUUAGAUGCUGACGAACGCGUGUAUGAUGGCCCCAGCCAUGUACGAUUCGUCUACCUAGACGUAGGCGUCGUGCAAUCUAACACCAUGCGCGUUCCGAACUCGCUGUUCUCCCCCAGUGCAAAAAGGUUCGCGCGCGCACUAGUGAACAAGGUUGGGUAUGAGGGAAGGAGGUAUGCCCCUUGGAUGCCACACGCAGCCAUGCAGUGGGUGGCGGAGAUUGGAGGAGAGAGGGCAACAACUCGGAUAUAUGGGACGGAUGCGAUCCUGAGCCAUUUGUCUGCGCGGGAUAAAAAGCUAUCCUGA